CACACAGCAGCAGCACCACGUGUCGGCGACAGGUCCAGCACCUGCCGCCGCUCUGAGUGCGUCAACGGCCCUCUGCAGGCGGAGGAGGAGGAGGAGGAGGAGGAGGAGGAGUCUGCUCCACCUGACCGGAGAGGGAAAAGUGUCUCAUCCUCCUUCACACUCCCUCCUUCCUCUCAGAUCAAAACGUCGUCGUCUCUAUUCAUCUGGAAAUUGAAAGACACGCAGCAUCACAGAGGUCAGUCCAAAGGUCAUAGCCUGGACCAGACCUCGUCGACAUGAAGAAGGGGCUCCAGGCUCAAGCGGGACAUCACGGCACAGGGGACAAAGAGAGGGGCAUGUGGAAGGAGACGGAGGAGACAGAGUGGCAGAACUGGAGGACAGAGAGGAAGCUCCUGGCCUUUUGGAUGUCCCUGUCCCAGAGGAGGUGGAGCCUGUUCAGGCCGGCCGUCCAGCGCUCCGCCUCGGCCGCCCGGCUGCUGAACAGCGAGGCAUGAGGAGACAAAGGGGGGCUUUGUGUGUGUGUCAGAAGAUUCCUACCAGACCUGCAUUAAGUAGAUGUGUGUGUGCGUGUGUGUGUAUACACUCCACUUCCACGCUGAACUUCCCUUUGAGUUAAAGUCAGACUAACUUCGUUGUGAGUUUUCAAAGCGAAGGUGGAGGUGACAGGUCUUGAGAUGAACAGGAAGUGAUGUCAUCUCAGACCUGAGCUGAGGCUUGAAGUGGUGAUGGGUUCAGACCGAUGUGCCAUGGCGGUGGCACAUCUGGCCCUGCAGCUGUGUUUCCAGGGGAACAAGCCCAGAGGCCUCGGCUGCAGACGGAGCCGCUCUGCCGGCGGCCUCAUGGUGAAGCCGGUCCGGCUCCACAUCCUGCUGGCCGGGCCGGUCAUGGACACAGCGCAACACUGGCAGGUGUUCCAGCAGAUCUCUGAGGUGUUUGUCUUGGUUCCGGCUCUGGUGGGGCUGAAGGGAAACCUAGAGAUGACACUGGCAUCCCGUCUGUCGACAGCAGCCAACAUGGGGCAGAUGGACGAGACUCGGCAGCGCUGGAGGAUGGUGCUCUGUAACAUGGCCCUCAUUCAGGUCCAGGCCACAGUUGUGGGCUUCCUGGCUGCCGUAGCCGCCGUCGCUCUGGGCCGUCUGAGCAGAGAGAGAGUGGACGGUAUCCAGGCUGCCAUCCUGUGUGCCAGCAGCAUCAGCACCGCUUUCAUCGCCGCACUCGCUCUAGGGCUGGUGGUGGUGGCUGUGAUUAUUGGCUCCAGAAAACUGGGCGUCAACCCGGACAAUGUGGCCACGCCCAUCGCUGCUAGCCUCGGUGACCUCAUCACCCUGUCCCUGCUUACUGGGGUCAGCAGCUUCUUCUUCACCUACAGAGAUGUGUGGUACCUGCCCACCAUGGUGGGGGGCUUCUUCCUGCUGCUCACCCCUGUGUGGGUCAUUGUCGCCAGCCGCAGUCCACCAAUCAGAGAGGUCCUAAAGUCAGGAUGGCAGCCAGUCAUUUUGGCCAUGUCUGUCAGCAGUAUUGGUGGUCUGAUUCUGGAUAAAACUGUGAGCAACCCCAGCUUUGAAGGCAUGGCUGUGUUCACCCCCAUCAUCAACGGAGUUGGAGGAAAUCUCGUGGCGGUCCAAGCGAGCAGGAUGUCCACCUACCUCCAUUAUUGGAGCGUUCCUGGAGCUCUCCCAGUAAAAAUGAGUGCUGACUGUCCUGGACCCUGCACCGCCUUCUGCUCCUCAGAUGUGAACUCUAAAUCAGCCAGAGUUCUGGUUGCCCUUGUGGUACCAGGUCACCUCCUCUUCCUCUACACAGUCCAGCUGCUGAGGGGAGGCCAUACCGCCAUGACGCCUUCCUUCAUCAUCUGCUACCUGUGUGCAGCUCUGCUUCAGGUGGUGAUUCUGCUCUACUCUUCCGUCCUGAUGGUCCGCUGGCUGUGGAGACGGAGCUUGGAUCCAGAUAACUACUCCAUCCCCUACCUCACAGCUCUGGGGGACCUGCUGGGAACUGCUUUCUUGGCCCUGACCUUCAGGUUUUUCAUGAUGGGCAGCUCUGAAGGGACCGGACUUUGAAACAUUUGGUCAGCACCAGCACAGCGCUGAGCUCACUGCAACUGCAGAUGAAAGACUAUGAAACAAAAAGACAGGUGGUGACUUAAUAAUUAGAGAUGCUAUAAUCUGACUUUGGAUCAAAUCAUAAUUCUAUCACAAUCAUGAUUCACUAUAAGGGAAAACAAAACGCUCACAUAAUGAGUAGCUUAAAGAUCAACAACUCAGAUUUUGUUGUUGUUCCUUCUGCUCUGAUUAUCACUUCCUGGUCAGAAUUAGGUCACAGAUCUGAACAGUUCAAUGUGAAAAAGUGUCCAAGAAAAAAUGUAACUGUAAACUUCUUCAGUACUUUGGUCCUUAGUACUUUUCUGUUGUUCACAUGCAGUUUAAUGAGCUCAAACUGAAAUUGUAGAAAUACCAAUUAUUGCACGCCUAUAGUUCUUGCUAGAUGGUGGAUGUUUAUAUUAUGACCAAUAGACAUAAUUGUGUUUGUAUGUCAACGUAAAGCAGACACUAUAAGGCUCUAGUAUUUAACUUGUCUGUGUGUUAGUUUGUGUUCCUACUGACAAACAGCAGGGUUUGAGGUCAAAGUUUAUUCUUGUGUGGAGCCUUUUUUUUAUUUCUUUGACAUCCAUAAAGAAAAAAUAGCAAUAACAGUGAGGCUUGGCUGAAUUUGUAGAGCUUCUGCAUUUGUAAAAAUAAGAAACAAAACAAUUUGUUCAGUUAAAUAAAACACAUGGAACCAUC